AUGGCUUUCUCAGCAGCCUUAGAGAAAGCUGUGAACUCGUGGGAACACAAAAAGAAUAGAAAGCUUCGUGCAGUUCUCUGGUGUCUGAUCAUCGAUCGCUCUCACCUCUCCAGUUGGACUCAAGCAUUUGCGGUUAGCGACUCAAUUCCCACUUAUGUACGAUUGCUGCUUCUGGCUUUUGCUUAG